UGAGCUGCGGGAUUGGGGAGCGACGGGCCGGGCCGGGCCCUCGGGCCCGAGGCGGCGGCGGCGGCGGUAUAAAGCCGGCGACGGGGAGCAUGUAAUGUCGGAAUGCGGAGGCCGCGGCGGCGGCAGCAGCGACGGCGCCGAGGCCGAGGGUGGCGGCGGCGGCGGCCCGGCGGGCUCCGGCUCCCUCAGCCCGGCCCCGGCCGGGGCGUCCUCGGCGGGCCGGCUCCGCCGCGGGCUGCGCAGCGCCUCGCUCAUGGCGCGCCGGCGGCCCGAGCUGCUGUGCGGCGCCGUGGCGCUCGGCUGCGCGCUGCUCCUCGCCCUCAAGUUCACCUGCAGUCGAGCAAAAGAUGUGAUCAUACCAGCAAAGCCACCCGUCAGCUUUUUCUCCUCGAGGUCUCCGGUUCUUGACCUCUUCCAGGGGCAGCUGGACUAUGCAGAGCAUGUUCGCCGAGACUCGGAGGUGGUGCUGCUGUUCUUCUACGCCCCAUGGUGUGGACAGUCCAUCGCUGCCAGGGCAGAAAUUGAGCAAGCGGCGAGUCAGCUUUCAGACCAGGUGUUGUUUGUGGCGAUUAACUGUUGGUGGAACCAGGGGAAAUGCAGAAAACAGAAACACUUCUUUUAUUUUCCUGUAAUAUAUCUGUAUCAUCGGAGUUUUGGACCAAUCGAAUACAAAGGCCCCAUGAGUGCUGUUUACAUUGAGAAGUUUGUCCGCCGGGUGAUGAAACCACUUCUCUACAUCCCAUCUCAAUCAGAAUUACUAGAUUUUCUCUCGAACUACGAGCCUGGAGUACUCGGGUUCUUUGAGUUCAGUGGCUCGCCCCAGCCUCCUGGUUAUUUGACCUUCUUCACUUCAGCAUUACAUUCAUUAAAGAAAGAUUACCUAGGAACAGUACGAUUUGGGGUUAUCACAAAUAAACAUCUUGCGAAACUGGUAUCCUUAGUACACUCUGGAAGUGUGUAUUUACAUAGACAUUUCAACACAUCACUUGUCUUUCCCAGGGAGGUCAUCAACUACACAGCUGAGAAUAUCUAUAAGUGGGCCUUAGAAAACCGAGAGACACUCCUUCGAUGGCUGCGGCCACAUGGCGGCAAGAGUCUCCUGCUGAAUAAUGAGCUGAAGAAAGGACCAGCACUUUUUUUAUUUAUACCUUUUAAUCCCUUAGCCGAAAGUCAUCCUUUAAUAGAUGAGAUCACCGAAGUGGCCUUGGAGUACAACAACUGUCACAGGGACCAGGUGGUGGAGCAGCUCCUUCAGCACCUGCGGCGAGUGGACGCCCCGGUAGUCAGGUCUCUGGCACCUGAGCCCCUGGUCCAGCUGCCGGACCCACCUCUGAUCACGGCGUCCCCCUGCUGCAAUACUGUGGUGCUGCCCCAGUGGCACUCCAUCUCCAGGACCCACAAUGUCUGUGAACUGUGUAUCAACCAGACGGCGGGGGGCAUCAAGCCAAGCUCAGUCAGCAUGCCACAGUGCAGCUUUUUCGAGAUGGCAGCAGCUCUGGAUUCUUUCUACCUCAAGGAGCAGACCUUUCAUCAUGUGGCAUCAGACAGCAUAGAAUGCAGCAAUUUUCUAAGUUCCUAUAGCCCUUUCAGGUACUACACUGCAUGUUGCAGGACCGUAAACAGGGGCGUGACGGGCUUCAUUGAUUCUGAGCAAGAUGUCUUUGAAACCCCGACCAUUGCAUUUUCUUCCCUCGAGGGGAAAUGUGAGGUGGAUACCCCAAGCUCCGUUCCUCACAUUGAGGAGAACAGGUAUCUCUUUCCGGAAGUGGACAUGAGUAGCACAGACUUCACAGGCCUGAGCUGCAGAACCAACAAGACCCUGAACAUCUACCUUUUGGAUUCGAAUUUAUUUUGGUUAUACGCAGAGAGGCUGGGUGCUCCGAGCACCGCUCGGGUGAAGGAAUUUGCCGCAAUUGUUGAUGUAAAAGAAGAGUCUCACUAUAUCUUGGAUCCGAAACAAGCUCUGAUGAAGUUCACCCUAGAGUCUUUUAUUCAAAACUUCAGUGUUCUCUACAGCCCCUUGAAAAGGCAUCUUAUUGGAAGUGACUCUGCCCAGUUCCCUUCUCAGCAUUUAAUCACUGAAGUGACAACUGAUACCUUUUGGGAAGUAGUCCUUCAAAAACAGGAUGUUUUGCUGCUUUACUAUGCACAGUGGUGCGGCUUCUGUCCAUCCCUCAAUCACGUCUUCAUCCAGCUGGCUCGUCUCCUGCCGUCGGAUACAUUCACCGUGGCAAGGAUUGAUGUAUCUCAGAAUGAUCUUCCUUGGGAAUUUAUGGUUGACCGUCUUCCUACUGUCUUAUUUUUUCCCUGCGAAAGAUUGUUCACAGCGAGCGCAUCUGACUUGAUAACCAUGAAAGAGAGAAACCAUAUGAGAGAGCUUGUCCUCUGCCACAGUGUGCGACCUGGGCCUCCUCCUGCUCCUAGCAGGGCUGACUUCCUGUGCAGGGGCAUCUCAGAGCCACUCUUCCUUCCACCACUCUGUGUGACAUUUGAAAGUGCAGGUGCUCUGACCCGGCCCUGGGUCGGGACAUCAGAAGUGGGGUUCAUUCUAAUGUGCCCCCGGGGGAGGACCUCACUUCUUUAGAGGAGCAGCCCUGCCCUCCCUUGGGAAUAUAGCCCCUUCUUUGGAGUAGACACCUUAUGCCCCAUUUGCCAUUUUUAUGUGCUAGAGGUGCAUGAACAUGCUCCUAGUGGAUUUAGAGGAGAGCCAGAUAGACAGUGGGGCCUUCUGCCACCACACUUGAAAUGAGUACUGUUUUGGAAGCAACUUAUUGACACUCUGUGUCCUCGCUACUUCUAAAAACAUUUUAGUAUACCCAUUAGGUAGAUUCGUGGAGACUGUUCCAGGAAGUCGGAAAUAGCAUGCUUACAAAUGUUAUUUUCUGUCCUGUAAAUGUCUCUAGGUACACGCACUAAGGUAGCUCAGUGGCUUGUUCCUGGGGGUGAUUCACAUGUACUCUCUGUCCCAGACCAGGUUUGUGCUGCAGAACUCGGUGGCAGAUCGAGCCUCUCUUGUCCUUCCUCACCCACACUUCACAGGGGCCAGGAGCUUUUUAGCUGUUGAUUGAAUGGCUGGGAGGCCCCGCAUGAAGAAUGCUUACAUGUUAAGAAAACUAUGCUUUAAAGGAGGGCGUAGUUAUAUACUUACCCCCAAAAUGCUUGAAAUUAUUCCAUUUCCCUGAAAGUUUCCAUAAAUGUUGUAUAAAAUGAGGCAACUCUGAUUGUAGUUUCCUUGUGAUUUUUAUCUCAUAGGGAAGGCCUACCCGUUAAUAGCACACCUUUCUUCUUAGAUAUUUGGCCACUGGCCCUGUGUGUGCAGAGGGCUUGCAAGCUUUCAAUGAGCGGUUUUUGGUUGGUUUUUUAGGGAACAGUGUGGUUUGUCUCAGCUAACAUUCACUAGCAUUCAGGUAGCUCAGGUAAUCCUGACAGCAGUCCUGUUAGGGGGAUGGUACUCUCAUGACUGCCUUUUAUAGGUGAGGCAGUGCAGGGGCGCACAAGAGUCCUUGUGUGGGAGCUCAUGACGGAGCAGUAGCCCCGUGAGUCUGCCCAGGUGGGCAGGCUCCAGAGUCCCUGCUCUUCCUCUCCACUCCUGUAUCCCUCAGAGGCCACCAUGACCACUGUUUGCCCACCUCACCCAUAAAGCCGGUGGUUUUGAUUUAUUGCAGCUGGAUUGUGUAUACAUGGGUCAGUGUAUCUGUGGUAGAAAUUUUGGUUGUCAAAUGACAAGUUCUAAAAAGGAAUUUUCUACAUCAGGACUUGCAACAAAGCUUUGGAGAAAAUGCCCUCAUAUGUCAUGCUCUUUCCUUAUUCUGUGCUCUCAGGGCUGGGUAGCCUUAAUUCCUCAGAGUCUCUUGGUUUGUCUGUUUAUUAAGGACCAGGGCUCCAGUAACACCUUCCUCAUCAUGGCAAUAAAAAUGUCUCCACAUGUUCCAUAUGUCCCUGGGGGGUACAGUCACCCCCAGUUAAGAACUCCUGCCUUGGAUAAUGUGUAAUAAAUGCUUGCCAAGUAUUUCAAGUUUUUCCUAAUUCACCAAGCACUCUUGAUGGCCACAAGUGACAUGGGUGACAGUCCUGCCCCAGGACGCCCUCCCUGACACGCCACUGGGCCUGUCAACACACAGAGGCCCUCUGCCCACGUGCUCCCAGUGCCCUGCGUCACUGGCUUUAGGCUUGGGCCUGGGAGCUCUGGUCUCUCUUGGAAGGUUGUGAACAGAAACUGAGCUCUUUGUCCUCAGGAACAGACACACAUUUGAGAUAAGCCACGUGAAUUACAGAAUGAGGAUAUGGGACAUCAUUAGCUUUGUAGAAAAUUUUUUGCCCAGAUAACAUUUUCCUUGCUGACUUGCAGUAAGUAAAAUCCUCGGAAUGUCUUUUGGUAGGAAAUACACGGCCUGACCUUCAGUAGCAGUCUGGGUUUGGACUGAGUGUUGGUGUGACUCUCAUCUUGGAC